AUGAUGCUUGGGAGAUCCCAGUCCUUGACCCGAUGUAUCUACUUCCUGUGUCCAACAAAUCAACUCUUUAGGGUCCAGUCUAAUGCGACUAAAUCUUUGAAUGGUAGCCGUCGUCGUGCUCCAUCGUUUGCGAGCGCUUCUGAUAUUGUCCUCGCAUCCCCAGCAGCUGUACGGCCAUAUUUGCAGAUUAUGCGGCUUGACAAGCCAAUCGGCACCUGGUUGCUGUACUGGCCAUGUACGUGGUCCAUCGCUCUUGCUACUCCAGCCGGUCAUCUUCCCUCUUUAUAUUACCUAGCACUUUUUGGCGUGGGAGCGAUUCUGAUGCGCAGUGCUGGUUGCGUAAUCAAUGACUUAUUUGAUAAGGAAUAUGAUAAAAGGGUUGAGCGCACGAAAAACCGUCCUCUCGCCUGUGGUUCAUUGACAGACAAGCAGGCAAUAGCACUUUUGGGUGGAUUGCUAGCGACAUCUCUAACUGUCCUCUUGCAGAUGAACUGGUUCAGUGUUGCGGUUGGCUCAGCAUCAAUGUUUUUAGUAGUUGUAUAUCCACUGGCGAAGCGGUACACUUAUUGGCCUCAGUUCGUCUUAGGUGAGCUUUCUUUAUAG